AACAAUGGGCUGCAGCGGAUCGUCAAAUAAUAGAACUAAGGUCAUCAAAAAGCAAACCCAGUACAAGGGAAUGUUCAGAGACCGUGUCGUUGAGGACGUAGAUAAGAGAAAGAGGAUAAUCAAAAAGUAUAUGGAAAGAGUGGAAUCUAUUGAAAAGGAACUCAAUGCUUUGGAGGCCAACAAGGAUCCAAAUACACAGAAGACUCGUGAAGAAUUGCAAGAGACACAGAAAACCUUGAUUGACAAAAUUGAAAUCCAGGAGGACAUUGUUCACAAGAUCAUUGUGAGACUCAGAAUAGUAGAGAGCCCUCAACCAGAGACUCCAAAGCUUGAACAAGCAAAGGAAGUCCAAUCAACUUCUCAUGGAGAUAAAAGAAGAGAUAUGCUUUUAGAGAAUUCUCACAAAUUUAUCAAAAAUCCAAGCCUGGGAUCUCCUAGAUCAAAGUUAGAUCCUCUAGAGAUCGAUAGUGCUCCCAUCGAGGUUGAGCAAAGGCCCAGAAUCAUCGAAACUAGGACUGCUGCUAACCAAAUGGAGAUGGCCAGAGUCUAAAUUCAUUGCUAGCAUAUCUUCUUAAUUUAAUUCUUAUA